AUGUCGACUCUCAGUAACAUAGAGCUAGCCCUGCUUACUGGACAUCGAUCAAAAGGGCUUCCGGCUCUCGUCGAACAGAUUCUAGACGCAGACUUUCAAUCAUUCUUCCAGUCAGACCGCGUCUCUCAAUACCUCAAGCUCCUGCACCUGCAACCCGGCGCCUUGACAAACAACCAAUGGGUGGCAGAAAAUGCCCUCGACUCAUUGGAAUUACUACAAGGAGAGUCGAAGGAUGUAGAAGAUGAGGAGAUGCGACUGUUAAUUGGCAUAGCGUCUCUACAUGCCUUUCAACAAGUCAACUGGACAGGACCGGACUCUCUUUCGCCCCCGAGGACAUCCUGCGAACAUCAGACGGCCAAAAGAUCGAUAUCCCGCUUGGCAAAGGACGGAGAACCAGCAUAUCCGCUGAUGAAGUCAGCCACCCUUCUCUACCUCGCAAUUCGAGUCUUUGAUCUGCCAUUCAAGUCUUUUCCAUCAUCUAUAUGGUGGAAAAUGCGGGCGGGACGGACUCAUCGAGAAGUCCUGGACGAGCCCGUCGCAUAUUCUACAGAGGAUAUGACCCAAUUGGAGUCUUUUGUAGACUCUCAUAUUCCAAAGACAUACGAGGACUUAAUUGGGCGAUAUCACCUUGAAAAGGGCUUGCUCCAUCAUCUUCUUGGCCAAGACCGGCAGGCCGCGACAGAAUUCGUCAACGCAGCGAACGCGAUGAAGCUUGAGUACGAGCUCACUGGUAUCAAAGGAAAGCGAACAAAGUUUCAAGUCAACGAGUUGACACAGCUCGCUCUCCUUGCUCAAGGUCGAUCAAGAGACGAAGACAGUACUCCGUCUACCGUACCUCCCAGCGAGGACAAUCUAGACCACUCUUUACCAAAGACCCUGGAUCUCAACGACGAUACGCUCUUGGAGAAAACAGAGUUUACCUCCAACGCGCGUGCCGCCUCUUCAUCCCUCGCUCAGCUGGAUCCAAACAACCAGCCUUCGCUCCACCCACUCGACCAAUGCGUCUUCCUGGGACUAUGUCUCCAUGUAAAGAACACUUCCCCUCAACACGGCUUGACAACAGAACAAAUGGCACCCUACGUUUCGCGUGUAAUCUCCCACCCCCGAAACUGGUCUGUGCAUACAAUGUCCCUUCUCCUUCGCUCCCGCCUCGAAGCGAACCGAACGCGGACGAUUGAGCGCUCGACACUCCAACUCCAAGCACUCAUUGAUCAGAUGCCCACGGCGGAUUCCUCUGCCGAACAACGACUUGCGUAUCUGCACCAACUCGCCAUGCCCAGUAAAUGGGAGUUGGAAAAGGAACUUGCGAUGCGCUUGAUGAGUAUGGGUGUGCUCAAGAGUGCUUUGGAGAUUUUGGAGAGGUUGGAAAUGUGGGAGGAGGUUGUGCAGUGCUGGCAAGCCAUGGAGCAACCAGAAAGGGAAAUCGAUACUUCCAAAGAAAUCGUACGUGGUGCGAUUGAUCAGGCAAGAGAGGCCAAGCUCUGGUGUCUCCUGGGUGAAUUGGAACCAGAGCAUGCGGAAGCGCACUUUAGCAAAGCUUGGGAAGUCUCGGGGCACAAGUCUGGCCGUGCGGCCAGAUCCUUGGGCGGAUAUUACUUUGCGAGAGGUGACUAUGACGGUGCGAUCGAACAUCUUAGCAAGGCCGUCGUCAUACGACCUCUGCUGGCGAGGAGUUGGUUCAUUCUCGGAUGCGCAUACGUGCGCAAGGAGCGUUGGGUUGAGGCCCGCGAUGCCUUUGCGCGAUGCGUAGGUCUAGACGAGGAGGAUGCGGAGAGUUGGAAUAAUCUGGCGAGCGUCUAUCUUCGUCUGGGUUCCACAGGCUGGCAAACAGAGGAGGACGAGACCUCUAAUCAAAGCACAGCGACGACAAAAGACGCACAAGACCAAAAAUUUCACCACAAAGUUCUCGCCUUUCGUGCGUUACAGCAAGGCUUGAAGAAUAGCUACUCCAAUUGGCAAAUGUGGGAGAACUACAUGGUCGUCUCUGUCGACGUUGGCGAGUUGGCAGAAGCAGUGCGCGCCCUAGGCCGUGUCGUAGAAGAACGGAGCGAGACGGACGGAGCAGGAAGCGUCGACAUCGAGAUUCUCGAACGACUUGUCAGCUACGGGCUUGGACUUUAUGCACGGCUGGACGAGUUGUUCACCACGAUCAUCCUCCCGCGUAUCUCUGGGGAUGUGCGUAUAUGGAAGGCCCGUGCGCAACUCCUUACGUGGAGAAAGAGAUGGAGCGAUGCGUUGGACGCGUACAGCGCUGCUUACCGCUGUGCCGUCGUGUCGAACACGCAGCUCGAAGUCGAUGUGGAGAGAUGGCGUGAUGCAGUUGAAGAGGUGCAGGAGUAUGUCGAUGUCCUCAGAAAUUUUGGACCAAAAGCAGCAGAGGAGAAGCGACGGCUCGCAGAAGCGGGUGAGGGUAAACCAGCACGAGGCGGGUCGUGGGCAUUCCAAGCCAAAAGCGUGGUGCGUACCUUCAUGGGUCGGACCAAAGAAAACUUCGAGGACGAACCAGAAUGGUCCAAGCUGGAAAAUCUCGUCGAGGAGCUCAAGCAGUCGUCAUGA